AUGCAUUGUCUCUGGUUCAACCUCCUUCGGCUGCGACGACUUGGUGUUCUAGUGAGCAGUGGACGUGCAACCUCGAACAUGGCUCCUGCAAAGAAUCGAGUAUUCGUGGUUGGUGUGGGAAUGACAAAGUUUGAGAAGCCAGGGGUCACAGACUUUGAUUACCCUGAAAUGGCAAAAGAAGCAGGAGAGAAGGCCCUCGCAGAUGCUGCAAUACCAUACAGUGCAGUGGAACAGGCUUGUGUGGGAUAUGUCUAUGGUGACUCUACGUGUGGCCAGCGGGCUAUCUACCACAGUCUGGGUCUGUCGGGCAUCCCCAUCAUCAACGUGAACAACAACUGCUCCACGGGCUCCACUGCUCUCUUCAUGGCUCGCCAGCUCGUCCAGGGAGGUCUUGCCGAUUGCGUGCUUGCCCUGGGCUUUGAGAAGAUGGAGAGGGGCUCUCUGUCCUCAAAGUACAUGGACAGGACCAAUCCCAUGGACAAGCACAUGGAGGUGAUGUUCAAUACCUAUGGGAUGGCGGCUGCCCCAGCCGCACCGCAGAUGUUUGGCAACGCUGGGCGAGAGCACAUGGAGAAGUUUGGCACCAAACCUGAACACUUUGCCAAGAUUGCCUGGAAGAAUCAUAAGCAUUCAAUAAAUAACCCGUACUCUCAGUUCCGUGACGAGUACAGCCUUGAGCAGGUGAUGAAGUCAAGAAAGGUGUUUGAGUUCCUUACCCUGUUGCAGUGCUGCCCAACAUCAGAUGGUGCAGGAGCAGCCAUUUUGGCCAGUGAAGACUUUGUCCGUCGUCAUGGUCUGGAAAACAAAGCGGUUGAGAUCAUCGCCCAAGCGAUGGUGACUGAUAUGGCCUCCACCUUUGAGGAGAACAGCUGCAUGAAGAUGGUGGGAUAUGACAUGACGCGGCAGGCAGCUAAGAAGUGCUUCGAUGCGUCUGGCCUGACUCCUGCGGAUGUGGACGUCAUCGAGCUGCACGACUGCUUUUCAGCCAAUGAGCUCAUCACGUAUGAAGCCAUAGGCCUGUGUUCAGAGGGCAAAGCAGGGGAGCUCAUCGACAGGGGAGACAACACGUAUGGGGGCAAGUGGGUGGUCAAUCCCAGUGGAGGGCUCAUCUCCAAAGGUCAUCCCCUCGGCGCCACAGGCCUGGCGCAGUGUGCGGAGCUGUGCUGGCAGCUUCGGGGCGAGGCUGAGCAGAGGCAGGUGCCGGGGGCAAAGGUGGGCCUGCAGCACAACAUCGGCCUCGGAGGAGCAGUGGUGGUAACGCUCUACAGGAUGGGAUUCCCUCAGCACACACGUCCUCAGAUUGGGGCAGUGAUGACCAGCGCUGACAGUAGCGUGGAUGAUUUCAAAGCCAGUGCGGUAUUCAAAGAGAUUGGCAAAAAAUUGGAAGAGGAAGGGGAGCAGCUUGUGAAGAAGGUUGGUGGUGUGUUCGCCUUCAAGGUGAAAGGUGGCCCGGGAGGUGCUGAGGCCUUGUGGGUUGUGGAUGUGAAGAACGGCAAAGGCUCGGUGACCAACGAUGCAGACAAGAAGGCAGACUGCACCAUUGCCAUGUCGGAUGAGGACCUUCUGGCCUUGAUGACGGGGAAAAUGAAUCCACAGACUGCAUUUUUCCAAGGGAAGUUGAAGAUUACGGGGAACAUGGGGAUGGCCAUGAAACUGCAGAACCUGCAGACAACUGUUGCCAAAGCCAAGCUGUGAAACAUCUCCACCUUCGCCUGUCCGUCUGUCUUCCCCCUCCAGGCAUAGGUAGGGAAGGAACAGUGUGCCUGUGAGCUUCAAUUGAAUAAUUAGUGCUUACUAACAGUGACGAGCAACGUUCUGUGGCCCCGUCAUAUCCCUGCUAGUUUGAAAACCCACAAGGGACCCAUAUCUUUUGCACAGACUGGUUUCCAACAUGAUGGUGUCUAAUAGCACACGCAUGUCCAUUGUUUAAUGCUGUACGUGGGUUCCCAUCUGAGUGUGCGACACAGAUCAUAGCCUGUAACCUAAACAGUUGUCAUACUACUGGCAGCAAAUGUACGUAUUAGGCCUAAUGGUUAUGUAUGGGCUUAACGCAUACUGGGGCUGCACAAAAGUAAUGUAACGUGAUGUCAUGUGCCACUUUGGUUUUAUGUGAGAAUGACGGUGUCCUAAGGGGAAAAUGUGCACUUGGCAUUUAUUUAAUUGCCCACUAUAACUUGACAUUAAAUGGAUAAUUUCAGCGGAAACCUUUAAUGUGGACCACACACAGUGCCUCUGGAAUGACAUUUCAAUAGAGUGAUUAUUUUUAUUUUUAAAAUAAUUGCUGACAUUUCUGUAAAAAAUUAUGCUUUUAGUCUUGAUACAUCAUCACUGUGUGAACUGAAUUCCAGAGUGGAUGAAAUACUGUAUUGACUCGCUUUAUAAUGUAGUUUGUAAUACCACCAAAUACUGAACUAAUGUUAACUAAAUAUUUUGUAUAGAAUGACUGCUUGUGAAUGAGUAAGAGGUUGAUUUGUAUAAAAUAAAGCAUCUAUUAAUUUUUC